CUUCCCAAACCAAGACAUGAUGAACCAACUGUGGAUUGCGCCGCAUUGAAAGGCCAAUGCACUAAUCCUAGGCUGGGAACAUCAGUGAGAGCUGCCUGCCCGGCUACCUGCAAUGUGUGUCCGACUCCAUCGUUUCCAGGAGAAUGCAUUGACAGUGCAAGCUUCGAUUGCACCGAUUUCACAAAAUACUGUACUACACCAAGUUUUCUUCCCUUUCUUACCGAGUUCUGCCCAGUUACUUGCAAUUUGUGUCCAGCAACUCCCACUCCUUGUCCAACAUGCCAAGAUACUGAUCCAGAGUAAGUGUAAAACUAAAUGAUAUUAAACUUCUAGUAAAUUACUUGAAAUUUCAGCUGAGCCAAAUAUGCAGCCGAUGGUUUCUGCACCAACUGUAAACAUUCAUGCUACUACCGCAAACUGUACUGCAAGAAGACGUGUGGAUUCUGCCGUCCCGGAAGUUGCACAGAAUGUCACGGUUUUGAGAAACUGUUCGGAUCCAAUCAGACAUUGAUUCCUUGA